GGCGAUCCCGUUCCGUUCCGGUCCGUGCCGUCGGUUCGAUGGCGACGCGCUGCGCGCUCCCGUGGCUGCUCGCCGCUGCGGUGCUGUGCGGGGCGACAGAACGGUGCCCGUCGUGCGGGGCCGAAACGGAACGGCGGCUGUUGGAGGAGGCGGCCAAACGGCAGCUGCUGGACGGGCUGAGGCUCCGCGAAAGGCCGCGGAUCGCCCACGCGGUGCCGCGCGUUGCCGUGGCUCGGGCGCUGCGGAGGCUGCAGGCGGAAGGGCCCCGACGUGGUGACCCCCCCGAGGAUGAGAGGCGCUUUGAGAUCAUCAGCUUCGCGGAGGAAGAGCCCACGUCCUCCCCCGGCACGGUGCUGCGCUUCCACCUCUCCCCCCCUCCGGAUCAGGACGUGCGCGUUGUUCAGGUCCAGCUGUGGCUUUACGUGCGCGUUCCUCGCGGCGCGGUGACCAACGUCACCCUCAGCAUCUCCCUGCUGGAGGGGCGCGGUGACACCGGGGGGGAGCGCCGCGUACUGCUGAGCGCACGGCGGCUGAGCGCUCGGGGCAGCGGCUGGAGGACCUUCUCCAUCCUCCCCGCCUUGCGCGGCUCCUUCGGGGCGGAGCGCGGAACCCUCCGGCUGUACCUGCAGAGCUCCGGGGACGGCGGAGGUUUCGUCACCGCCUCCAACGCCACUCGGCCCCGUCAGCCCUUCUUGGUGGCCUCGGCGUCGCUGAGGGACCCGGAGCACCGCGUGGUCAAACGCAGCCUGAGGUGCAGCCGCGAUUCCUCUCUGUGCUGCCGCAGGGAUCACUACGUGGACUUCAGAUCCAUCGGUUGGAACGACUGGAUCAUCAGCCCCGAGGGUUACCAGCUCAAUUACUGCGUGGGGCAGUGCCCGCUGCACGUUGCGGGCAGCCCCGGUAUGGCUUCGUCCUUCCACAGCGCCGUGCUCAGCCUGGUGAAAGCCAACAACGUGCGCACGGCCGCCCAUUCGUGCUGCGUCCCCACGCGUCGCCGCCCCCUGUCGCUCCUCUACUUCGAUCGCAACAGCAACAUCGUCAAAACCGACAUCCCCGAUAUGAUCGUGGACGCGUGCGGGUGCAGCUGAUGGAGGCAGCUCUGGGGCCCCCCCACAUCCAGGACUGCCACGGGGAGACCCCCAACCCCCCCCCCCGGACUGCGGUGCGAUGGAGGGAGCGGGGAGGGAGCGGCUCCGUUCCGCCGGAGUGGGGCUGAAAGGCUUUUGUUGCGCCUCUGCCCCACUGCUGCAAAUGCGGGCUGGGGUUGGGGUCGGGGAGCGAUGCACUCACGGCCCUAAAAGCUGAGGGUGAACGGGGAGAUGCUGCCAGGAACCCUAAAAGCGCAGUGGUGAGACGCUGCCCUCAGCCCCAGGAGGAUGCAGAGCUGCGUGUGGGGUUUCUGUCCCCUCCCAGCCCCAUUCCCCACGUGUGCAAACCCCCCGUGUGUGUCUGUGUGUCUGUCUGUAUGUGUGAACCCCCCCCACUCAGCUCCCUCCCAGCCCAGCUCCUCCCAGCGGAGCUCCUGCUCACACUUUGCCUUUGAGGCCGCACUAAAGAUGGAGAUAAAAGACACAAAGCUUUGCACCUCCGGUUUUGCAGCCAUCCCCACUUGCCCACAGAGGUUUCUGCAGCCAUAGGGACCCCCCCGGGGCUCUGUUCUCCCCCCUGCCCCCCACAUCUCCACCACAGAACCCACUCUGCCUUCGCUUUCUGGUGCUCAUGUGUGCAAUGCAUCCACGCGCUCCGUGCUUUUAAUUUAUUUUCCCACUUCGGUGCAGUUUUCCCCAAUAAACGGGUGGAGAUGCGA